CACACACCAAAUCUCCUGUACAAACCAUAACAUAAACACCAGCAACCAUUUUGGCAAAGCUAAAAAACCAAGAUGGGAAUAGAAAUCCCACAUCCAAACACUUGCAUAAGAGGCUGUUGCACCAGUGACUCAAUCCCUCUUCAUCUCCCUCCUUCUUCUUUCUCACUCUCACUUCCUCCUAUUGCCCGAGGAGCUGAAAGUGUUGUUUAUGAAGCCACAUUAGAUGGUGAAAAAGUUGCUGUUAAGAAACCCAUUUUGUCUACUUCAGAUGACAUCAAUAAGUUUCAUAAAGAAUUGCAAAUUUUAUGCAAGUUAAAUCAUCAAAGCAUUGCAAGAUUAGUGGCAGCACAUGCAAGGCCACCAAACUACAUGUUUUUCUUUAAGUUAUACGAGUGUGGAAGUCUUUCACAGAAGCUACAUGUUGAGGAAUGGAUUCCAAGUAUUGACCAAGCGCUCAUGAUCACCAGAGAUCUAGCAAAUGCCUUGCAGUAUCUUCACAACAUUGGAAUUUUACAUCGAGAUGUGAAGCCAGCGAAUGUUCUUCUUGACAACAGUAUGAGGCCACAUCUUGCGGACUUCGGUUUAUCUGAAUACAAGCAAGAUCUUAAGCAAGUCACGGUAGAGAAUUGGAGAUCAUCAGGCAAGCCAACUGGUGGUUUUCAUAAGAAGAACAUGGUUGGCACUCUUAUUUACAUGGCACCUGAAGUAUUGAGGAAGGAGAUUCAUACCGAAAAAUCAGAUGUAUAUAGCUUUGGAAUAUCAGUCAAUGAACUUCUCACAGGUGUUGUCCCAUAUACGGAUCUUCGCACUGAAGCACAGGCUCAUACUGUUCUGGAAAUGAACUAUACUGAGCAGCAACUUACCGCAGCUGUCGUGUCUGAAGGGCUUAGACCUGCUCUUGCACGAAUUGAAUUGGGUGUUUCGGCAAGAUUGCUGUCUCUGAUUGAAAAAUGCUGGGAUGCGGACACCGAAAACAGGCCUUCAUUUGAUGAUAUAGUCACAGAAAUUGAUCUCAUUAUCGGGGAUAGUAAGACCUUCACGGUGCAAGAUAAUGUCAUCUCCGAAUCAUCCACAAACUCAAGUCAAUUUUGUCAAGAGGAUGUCAACUGGUUUAUUAAGGGUGAAAAUAUUUUGAAGACUGUUAAUGAUAGUGGCCUAGGUGUCAGAAGCUGGAUGGAUUAUUCAGAUAAUUCUUCAUUAUACCUUCCGGUUCUAUCCUGGGGUUCUUUUGCAACAUGUGGAAGAAGGGAGACGAUGGAAGAUACACACUUUCUUAUGCCUCAUGUGUGGAAUGAAGAAGAUAUCCAUGUCUUUGGAAUCUUUGAUGGUCAUCGAGGUGCUGCAGCUGCAGAAUUUUCUGUUCGGGCCCUACCAAGACUAUUGGAAACUCUGGAUUGUGACACCAGGUCUGUAUUAGAAUGUCAAAAUGACAGUCCCACUGACGCACUCAAACACGCAUUCAUCAACACAGAUGUCGCAUUCAGAGAGGAAUUGGAUUCUCUGCGUAAACCUAGGGGGGUUAUCCAGAGAGACUAUCAUCCUGGUUGUACUGCAAUUGCUGCUCUUUUAAUUCAAAAUAGGCUUUUGGUUGCUAAUGCUGGUGAUUGCAGGGCAAUCUUAUGUCGAGGAGGUUGCCCUUAUCCUCUAAGUAAGGAUCAUGUUGCUAGCUGUAUUCAAGAAAGAGAACGGAUCACAGGUGUAGGUGGUCAAGUCAAAUGGCAUUUUGAUACAUGGAGGGUUGGCGCUGCUGCCCUACAGGUGACACGGUCUAUUGGUGAUGAUGAUUUAAAACCUGGGGUAACAGCAGAACCUGAGGUUACUGAUACCAUGCUUUCUGAUGAGGACGAAUACCUGGUAAUGGCUAGUGAUGGUCUAUGGGAUGUUGUAAGCAAUGCUGAAGUCAUUAGCAUAAUCAAGAACACCGUGAAAGAGCCAGGAAUGUGCUCCAAGAGGUUGGCAACCGAGGCUGCAGAGCGCGGCAGCAAAGAUAAUAUAACAGUAAUUGUUGUAUUUCUUCGUCCCGUAUCAACUGCAGAGAGAAUAUACUAGUGUUACUGUGAUUUUAGAGAUGCAAAUACGUUGUAAAAUUGAGAGAAAGUAUCACACUAUCAUAGUAUCAUGUGACAAUUCUUCAGGUUGUUGGUGAUGCGGGGUUUGUGUAAACCUUACAUCAUGCAAAAGUUGAUGGAAGUUAAAACCCGUGCUUUGUUAUGGUAGUACUUUGUGCUACAUUUGUUGUAUUUUAUAAAUGCAUGACCUCACUAUCGA